CAUCAGACUUUCAUUACCAAAGAAAAUAACAAACUAAGUAAUGUCUCCACUUAAUUUCUUCCUAACCCUACUUCUACUGUCCACUACUCAGACUAUAGUAGCCCAAGUCCCUUCCAACAAAACAUUCAAGAUCAUAAACCAAGACGAGUUCGGCGACUACAUCACCGAAUACAACGCUAACUAUAGAAUCAUUCAGACCGAAAGCCAGACUAAUAUUUUCUCUUCAGGUCCUUUCCAACUAUUUUUCUACAAUAGUACUCCAAACGCAUAUAUCUUAGCCAUCCGAGCUGGUCACCCAAAAGACGAAUCUCUCAUGCGCUGGGUUUGGGACGCCAAUCGAAACAAUCCUGUGGGAGAAAAGUCCACUCUCUCUCUUAACCGCGACGGAAACCUGGUCCUCGCGGAGUCUAACGGUCGGGUCAAAUGGCAGACAAAUACCGUUAACAAAGGCGUAACUGGUCUCCGUCUCAUGCCUAAUGGUAACCUCGUACUACACGACAAGAACGGCGGGUUCGUUUGGCAGAGCUUCGACCACCCAACCGACACUCUUCUCACCGGUCAGUCUCUUAAAACCGUCCGAGUCAACAAACUCGUGAGCCGUAAAUCCGAUACCGACGGCUCAGACGGUCCUUACACUAUGGUUCUCGACAACAAAGGUUUAACCAUGUACGUUAACAAGACUGGUCAGUCUCUUGCUUACGGAGGAUGGACGGAGAGAGACUUCAACGGUUCCGUCACUUUUGACGUUACAAGGGAAAUAGACAACGUAACUGUUCCGUCCGCUUACGAGCUUGUCUUGAAGUUAGGCUCUGCCGAUGCGAAUCCAGGGAACAAACGGCGACGGUUGCUACAGUUAAGGAAGAUCGGAAACGCCGUGACGAUAAUCCUUAACAAGAUUAACUACGACGGGACGACGUCGUUUCUUAGACUUGGCUCAGACGGAAGCCUCAAAGCUUUCACUUACUUCGAAAGGGCUACGUAUCUAAAAUGGGAAGAAACUUUCGCUUUCUUCUCGACUUACUUCGUCCGACGUUGCGGACUCCCUUCAUGGUGCGGUGAGUUUGGUUACUGCGACGACGGGAUGUGCGUCGCGUGUCCUACGCCUAAGGGCGUGUCCUUAUGUUGAACUGUUUUAAAUUAUUUGACAUUGUUGAAUAAAUUAAAAAAAAAUGCAAUGAAUGAUCCAUCACAAAUCUC